AUGGAUGAACACGACAAUGAUGACGAGCAGAGCGACGAAGAAUACCACACAUCGCACAUGCAGGAUGACACACCGUACAUGCAGGAUGUGUUACUUUGUUCGGAUAAUAUUCAUAAUGUGGUGGCAGAGGGUGUUAUCAUUGAUGGGGUGGGUCCACUGACUAUUCAUGGUGUUCAACUGACAGACGAAUAUGCGAGGGUGCGAGUCACCAAAAUGUUACAAGAGGAUGCUGAAAUCCCAUGUUCUGUUGGGGAGAUACAAUAUGUUCGAGAUACUUAUGACACAUUUCUUCCUUGGCCAAAAGAUUUAAUUAUGACUGACCAGGGUCCUCUAAGAAAGAAACCUCCUAUGUCAAAAAGUUCAUCCAAGGAUAUGUCAAAACCUCCUAUGACUAGCCCGCAUCUGUCAUCAGCUGGGUCUCACAUCAAUCCAAAAAACACUCUGACCGAAGAGUUAAGGGAAUAA